GCACGCUGGUCACGCGGUUCGCUGUUGACACUUCCGGGUGAGACCGAGUGAGGCUGCGGGGUAGGGGCUGGCGCUCAGGCGGCGACCAUGGCGUAUCACGGCCUCACGGUGCCUCUCAUUGUGAUGAGCGUGUUCUGGGGCUUCGUCGGCUUCUUGGUGCCUUGGUUCAUCCCUAAAGGUCCUAACCGGGGAGUUAUCAUUACCAUGUUGGUGACCUGUUCAGUUUGCUGCUAUCUCUUUUGGCUAAUUGCAAUUCUGGCCCAACUCAACCCUCUCUUUGGACCACAGCUGAAAAAUGAAACCAUCUGGUAUCUGAAGUAUCAUUGGCCUUGAAGAGGAAGGUCUGUUCUACAGCACUCAGUCUUUGAGGUCACAAGAAGAGAAUGCCUUCUAGAUGCAAAUCACCUCCAAACCAGACCUCCUUUCUUGACUUGCCUUUUUUGGCCAUCAGCUGCCUUAAACGUUAACACCACGUUUGAAUGCCUUUUUCUACAUACAAUCCAGUGUGUUUUCCUUCAGCUUUUUUACACUUUGGUGACUUACAUGCCUACUUAACUUGAACUGUGUGGACUCCACAAAAUGAUUAUGCACUCUUCUGAGAUAGAAGAUGCUGUUUCUUCUGAGAGAUCCGUUACUCUCUCCUUGGAAUCUGUGGAUUUGAAGAUGGCUCCUGCCUUCUCACAUGGAAAUCAGUGAAGUGUUUAGAAACUGCUGCAAGACAAACAAGACUCCAGUGGGGUGGUCAGUAGGAGAGCACAUUCAGAGGGAACAGCCAUCUCGACAGAAUCACACCAGACUCUAUUUUCAGGAUGAAUUUCUUAUUUCUGCCAUCUUUUGGAAUAAAUAUCUUUUUCCUGUCUAUGGAAA